AUCGUAGAAACCUAAAAUCCGAGACAGCAGCAACAAUGCCGCCGAAGUUAGAUCCGAGUCAGAUCGUCGACGUCUACGUCCGUGUAACCGGAGGAGAAGUCGGAGCAGCGAGUUCUCUAGCUCCCAAAAUCGGUCCGCUAGGUCUCGCACCAAAGAAGAUCGGAGAAGAUAUCGCGAAAGAAACCGCCAAGGAAUGGAAAGGAUUACGUGUCACCGUCAAGCUAACGGUGCAGAAUCGUCAGGCGAAAGUGACGGUGGUUCCAUCAGCAGCAGCACUCGUCAUCAAGGCGUUGAAAGAGCCGGAGAGAGAUAGGAAGAAGGUGAAGAACAUUAAACACAAUGGGAAUAUUUCGUUUGAUGAUGUGAUUGAGAUUGCUAGGAUCAUGAGACCUAGAUCUAUUGCUAAGGAAUUGAGUGGAACUGUGAGAGAGAUUCUGGGGACGUGUGUAUCUGUUGGUUGUACUGUGGAUGGGAAAGAUCCUAAAGAUAUUCAACAGGAGAUUCAAGAUGGUGAAGUUGAGAUUCCUGAGAAUUGAAGAAUUUGGAAAUGGUCUUGUGUUUGUUUCUUUUACCUUUUGAGGUUUUAGUUUCUUCUUCUUGUUAUGUUUUGUUUAGAACAACAAGUCAGUUUUGGAUUGUUAUUGCAGCUUUUUUAUUCAAUCUUAAUAUUAUGCUUAUGCUUGGUUACGAAAUGCUUGAACUUGGCUUAGGAAUCUGAAUUUGCGUUUAGUAUCAUAUACUUGCUGAUAAUAGAAUAGAGAAAUGUUU